GUUUUCGUGGAGAUUUUUUUCGGGCAUGCGCGACCGCGAACGUGUUCGGGUGGUCGCGAGCCAGCUGAUGCGCCUGUGCGCGGAAGUAAGACAACAAUAGUUCGCGACAGUGUGAGACGGAGUGAGGUUGUUUGGUAUUAUUUGUGUGGAAAAAUACCAAUAAGCCCGACCAUAAUUGUCACUUUAAAUUUGAUUUAAUCGCCAAUAUCUCCCCCUCGUGAACUGUAAGUCCCCCAGUUAGUCCAGAUGAUUCGGUGCACGCGAACAUUUCUCACCACCCUGCGCCCCAAAUGGGGCUGCGAACGUAGGUGGGCUUCAUCGGUAGUGGGCAUUGAAAAUCUCCCGAAUUUCCCGGCCGUCAAUGAACCCGUCUAUCAGUAUCUCAAAGGAUCGUCAGAGCGCAAGGAGCUCGAGGAGGCGCUGAAACGCACUGCCAAUGAGUGUGUCGAUGUCCCCAUCAUAGUGGGCGGUGAGGAGAUCCGCACGAAAGAUGUCAAAUAUCAGGUGAUGCCACAUGAUCAUUCAAAACGCGUCGCAAAGUUUUAUUAUGCGGACAAAUUUGUGGUUGCUCGGGCAAUUGAAACGGCCGUUGCGGCACAGAAAGAGUGGGAUCGCCGGCCAAUAGGCGAGCGAUUGGCGAUAUGGGAACGAGCAGCUGAUUUGAUGGCCAACAAAUACAGGUCACGUCUAAAUGCUGCAACUAUGCUAGGUCAGUCAAAGACAGCUAUCCAAGCUGAAAUUGACUCAGCUGCAGAGUUGGUGGACUUUGUACGGCUGAAUGCCUACUUUUUGAAGGAGGCUUCUAAGUAUCAGCCCAUAAGUCCAGACCCUAAGGUCACACGCAAUGUACAACGUUUCCGUGGCAUAGAUGGUUUCGUGGCUGCCAUCAGUCCUUUCAACUUUACAGCCAUAGGCGGCAAUCUCGCCUACACACCAGCAUUGGCAGGCAAUGCUGUCCUAUGGAAGCCAUCGGACACCGCUCUGUUGUCCAAUUGGCUUAUUUACACCAUUAUGACCGAAGCAGGUGUGCCUCCAGGCGUAGUUAACUUUGUGCCCGCUGAUGGACCCACUUUCGGAAAAACCAUCACUUCCUCUCCAUAUCUUGCUGGCAUUAAUUUCACAGGAUCUGUUCCGACGUUCCAGUGGCUAUGGAAGGCUGUGGCAGACAACAUUACGUCGUAUACCAAUUUUCCGCGAUUGAUUGGUGAAUGUGGCGGUAAGAACUUCCACUUUGUGCAUCCGAGUGCUGAAGUAGCAACAGUCGUGUCUGCGACGCUUCGUUCUGCCUUUGAAUUUUGUGGUCAGAAGUGUUCCGCGUGCAGUCGUAUGUAUGUACCACGAUCUCUCUGGCCAGCCGUCAAAGAAGGUUUGGUGGCGGGCGCCAAGAAGCUCCGCCUGGGUGAUGUUACCGAUUUCAGCAUGUUUUCUGGUGCUGUGAUUGAUGCGGUUGCAUUUAAGCGCAUCAGUGGUUACAUUGAGCAUGCUCGCUCCUGUUCUGCCCUCUCAAUUAUCGCAGGAGGGAAAUGUGAUGACUCAAAGGGCUACUUCAUUGAGCCCACAAUUGUGGAGACGAAGGAUCCCCGUGACAGAAUCAUGACUGAAGAGAUAUUCGGACCCGUACUCACAUGCUGGGUUUACGAGGAUAAUCAGUUAGAUUAUGCCAUUACAGAGGUCACCGAUGCUACAAAGUUUGCCCUCACAGGAGCUGUUUUUGCCCAGGAUGAGUCUUUCCUGCGUCGUGCACUCGAGGAAUUCAAGAUGUCAGCUGGGAACUUCUACAUUAACGACAAGUCAACUGGAUCCGUUGUGGGCCAGCAACCUUUCGGCGGUGGCCGAAUGUCUGGUACCAAUGAUAAGGCUGGCGGACCACACUAUGUUCUGCGCUGGACAUCGCCGCAGGCCAUCAAAGAAACCUACACGCCACAAACUGACGUGGACUACCCCUAUAUGCGCUAAAUGGCGCAUGAGGCCAUCGCGCUGUCUCCCUCACUCUCUCGGUCACAAAUGGACGUCGAUAGAGACAGUAUCGUGCAACAUGCAAAGUAUUAGCCGAGACAUGAAUCCACACUGGAAUCUCCACUGAAUCUCCAACGGAAUUUGUAUUAUAAUUUAUUAUUAUUAUUUUUUUUUCAAAUUAUGUCCCCAACUCUGAAAUUUUUAUGCUAUUUACGUUGUUACAUUUUACACAAAUUUAUUCAAAUGUUUAAUUUUCCAGUAUUUGUUUGUUGUUUGUCUUAAUUUAAAAAAAAUUAUCAUUUCGGAAGAAGUAAAAAAAAAGAAACAGUAUGCACUGUAGAGGAAUAGGCAGAGGACACUGGAAUUACUGUAAAACGGGUAAAGUUACAUUUUGUUCAAGAGUGUGUUUAAUGGAUUUAAUUUUUGCGUUAGUCCCAAAUCAAAAAGCAAGUUAUUGAAUUAUUAUAAUAUAGAAGAUAAACAAAAAAAAAUGAUUGGAAGCAAAAGAACAAGAUUACUACUAACGAUUAGCGAUGAAAUUGUAUUGAAUAAUGUUGAGUGAUAGUGCAGUUUUAAAACAAAAAUAAUCAAUUGAAUUAUGGCAAAAUAGACAAUACAAACUUUAUGUGACAUUUAAUGAAUGUAUUUUCGCAAUUAUGCAGUUGAACAGAGUAAAAGAUAUCAAUGGA